AUGGCGGGCGCGCUGGGCGUGGGGCCGGGGGUGCUGGCGCUGCUGCUGCUCUGGGCCAUGGCGCUGCUGCUCGUGAUGGCGCUGGGCCGCGCCGGCCGCGCCCGGGUCGGCGCGGUGCCGGUGCUGCUCGGAGCCGCCGCGCUCACGGCCGCGCUGCUGCUGUUCCCCCGGGAGGGCGAGAGCCCGGGCCCCGCCGGCGCUGAGGAGGUUGUGGACACCUUCCUCAUCGGGCGCUUCAUCCUCCUGGCUGUGAUGAGCCUGGUGUUCCUGGGGUGCCUGUUCCUGUUCCUCAUCUACCACCUCAUGGAGCCUGUGUAUGCCAAGCCACUCCACAGCAGAUAGAGACAGCAAAAAGGACAUCCUGAUACAUGGGAAUAAAC